AUGAGGCUCCAGCUGGAGAAGCAGCUCCUCUUCCUCUCCCUCCUCUGCAUCCUCUCCAAGGUGUGUGCCCAGCUGUGCCGGAGACCAUGCUACUGCCCCUGGGUGCCACCCCGCUGCCCCCGCGGGUCCCCCCUGGUCCUGGAUGGCUGUGGCUGCUGCAAGAUCUGCGCCCGGCGCCUGGGAGAGCCCUGCGACUUCCUCAACGUCUGCGACCAGAGCCAGGGCCUCGUCUGCGACUACAGCACAGUGCCCGCGGGGACAGGAGCCACCUGCAACUUUGAAGAUGGUGAGGAGGGCUGCAAGGUGAACGGCCGGGUCUAUCGAGACGGGGAGGUUUUCCAGCCCAGCUGCAAACUCCAGUGCCGCUGCCUGGACGGGGGCUUCACCUGCGUCCCGCUCUGCCAGGAGGACGUCCGGCUGCCCACCCCGGACUGCCCCUACCCGCGGCGCGUGGAGGUCCCGGGGAAGUGCUGCCCCGAGUGGAUCUGCGAAGCCCGGCACCAGCCCCUUCUCCGGGAUGCUGGGACAGCCCCCAGGGCAGCGUCCUCACUGCUGCCGUACCCCUGCCAGGAGUGGGGCACGGAGUGGAGCGCCUGCUCAGCCACCUGCGGCGUGGGCUUUUCUACCCGCGUCUCCAACCAGAACCGCUACUGCAGGCUGGAGACUCAGAGGCGGCUCUGCAUGGCCAGACCCUGCCCAGCUCUGCCGGCAGCAUCCCCGGUGAGGGGAACAGGAGGUCGUUUGUAGCCAUGCCUGCCCCGGUCGCAUCCCGGAGCCGACGCCUCAUCCCGGCAAAGAGUCUGGCACAAGCCCACAGCACUGUGGUUUUGGUGGAGAUGGAGGAUGUGUCCCUUGGGAAACUGGGGAAGAACUGAUGGACUUUAGCUGCAAAGGAGGGUGGAAAUAGAGAACAAGAUCCUCGUGUCACCCAGCACCUGCCCCCUCUGUGCACCCCGCUGCCCCAGGCAGGGUUACUGGGCAGCAUCCCCAAGUUUCUUAGGCUGAAUGAAAUGGGAAAUGGGGAAACCCUGCCCCGAGCGUGAACCCACCCGAGAAACCAGGAAUUGGUCCUUUCCCGGAUCGGUGGGGCUUUUGGAGAAGUGAUGCUGCUCCUCCACCACGUCACACACGCAGCUCUGCUCUGCGGGGGCUGUGAGAGAGACCGUCUCCGGCACCUGGAAGCCCAAGUCCCCGGGGGAAACCCUCACACCCUGGCCCCCCGGGGAAGGAGCAGGUACAUCGGGCGGCACACCACAAGUCACCGCCGCGCCAGGCUGAGCAGCUCGACCGUGCACGAGCUCAGCCAUCCCACAAUAUCCACCCUGCAACCCGGCAGCCACCUUCCUGGGCAUGGGCAGAGGCAUCCUCCUGAUGGCAGCUCUAAUUCACCUUCCCCGCAUCUCUCCAGAAUAAACAUGAACCUUCCUGCUCCGCCUGGCCUCCUCCUCCCCAAAGCGCUGGCGGUUUGGCAGGGCUUCGGCGAGCGAGGAGCUCAGACGCAGGAGGCACUGCUCCGCAGCACCAGACAUACCGCCUGCCAUCCAAGCACAUACCCCAUGAGCCAAGGCCAAAAGAAAAGCAGGAAAAAAGAGAAAACAAAUCGCAAAGAUGAGUCGGGGCCGUCUCCUGACGGGCUGGAGCUGCUCCAGCUAUGCAAGAGUCGGCGCAGGAGAGCUGCUCGGCAGCUCUGCCUUUACUUUCUCACAGCGAUAAUCCUUCUGGGUGAUUGAAAAAUGAAACCCAAAUGCCCUCUAACGGCCUCGCACUGGUGUGCAGAGGGAACACGCGUUCCACAGCGGGGAGAGAAGGGCAACUGGAAAGAAGCAGCAGUUUAGGUGACGUGUCCAGGUGAGAUAUGGACAGUUUAGAUGUGUAUUCCUGGAACUGAAAAUAAAGAUGUGCUCGUCUAGGUG